CUCUGCCUCUCAUUCAGACUGAGCUGUGGACACAAGCAGUAGCAUUCUGUGAGAGUGUGUGUGUGUGUGAAGCCGGUGUGGAGUGGCUCUGCCGGAUCCCUGCUGAAACUCUACCUCUCCAACGAACACAGAAUCCCACUCAGCGGUCCAGCACACCAGGUCUGGAGAACCCAUCCCAGAGGAGUACACCUUUACCCCCUCAACCACUGAAACAGACCCCACAUGGAACCAUGUGAACCCCCGUCUCCUGCUUGGCUUGGGAUCUGAUUUUGGAUUUCCUCCUUGGGGGCGAGCUCCAGGCACUGGAUCUUUUGAAGUAAGGAGGGACUGUGAGGAUCUCGGCUGUCCCAGAGGGGGAGCACUUUGCUCUGGGCACUGUGGGCUACAAGCCCUCCUGGGCUGGAGGCCAGCGCUCCAGCACCAUGGAUUACCUAGUUGGGAUUUUUCUCCUGUUGUGUGGGGUGGUGUUACCUGGAAGUGUGGUGCCCCAGCACACCAAAGAAAAUGUGCCAAGACUCAAGCUCUCUUACAAGGAAAUGCUCGAAUCCAGUAAUCUGGUGACUUUCACUGGAUUUGCAAACAGUUCAAGUUACGACACGUUCCUAUUGGAUGAGGAGAGAGGGAGAUUACUGGUUGGAGCAGAGGACCAUAUCUUCUCUUUUGACCUGGUCAACAUCAACAGAGACCUCAAACAGAUCGCCUGGCCUGCCACACCUUCCAAACGUGAUGAAUGUAAGUGGGCUGGAAAAGACCUGGGGAAAGACUGCUCAAACUAUGUGCGCGUGCUGCAGCCAUAUAAUCAGACACAUAUAUAUGUGUGUGGCACCGGAGCCUUCAACCCUAUCUGCGCUUACCUGGAGAUGGGAAAACGAGCAGAGGACAAUAUAUUCAGACUGGAUGCCAACCUUUUUGAGAAUGGACGUGGGAAAAGUCCCUAUGAUCCAAAGAUGCAGUCCUCAUCCCUCUUGCUUGAUGGUGAGCUAUACUCUGGAACAUCAGCAGACUUUAUGGGACGAGACUUUGCCAUUUUCCGAACACUUGGGUCACAGCAUCCAAUCAGGACCGAGCAGCAUGACUCCAGGUGGCUAAAUGACCCCAGGUUUGUUGGUAUACACUUGACCCCUGAAAGUGAUAAUCCUGAAGAUGAUAAGAUCUUCUUGUUCUUCAAAGAAAAUGCCAUGGAUGGAGAACAUACAGGCAAAGCUACUAUCUCCAGGAUAGGACAACUGUGUAAGAAUGAUAUGGGUGGACACAGGAGUCUUGUGAACAAAUGGACAACCUUCCUGAAAGCCAAGCUAACCUGCUCAGUGCCCGGCCUUAAUGGCAUAGAUACACAUUUUGAUGAGCUGCAGGACGUUUUUCUGAUGAGUGCUAAAGACCCAAAGAAUCCAGUGAUCUAUGCUGUGUUUACCACAUCCAGUAAUAUCUUCCGUGGAUCAGCUAUCUGCAUGUAUAGUAUGGCAGACAUCCGAAGGGUAUUUCUAGGUCCAUAUGCACACAGGGAUGGGCCAAACUACCAGUGGGUUCCCUUUCAGGGCAGAGUGCCAUACCCCCGUCCUGGCACAUGUCCCAGCAAAACAUUCGGGGGCUUUGACUCCACCAAAGACUUGCCAGAUGAUGUAAUUACAUUUGCACGUCUGCACCCAGCCAUGUAUAACCCAGUGCAACCAAUGGGGGGGAAGCCCAUUGUGGUGCGCACAAACGUGGAAUACCAAUUCACCCAGCUGGUGGUGGACCGCGUUGAAGCAGAGGAUGGCCAGUAUGAUGUCAUGUUCAUCGGCACAGAUUUAGGGACCGUUCUGAAGGUGGUGACCAUUCCCAGGGAAAGCUGGCAUGAUCUGGAGGAAGUGGUGCUGGAAGAGAUGACUGUGUUCAGGGAGCCAACACCCAUUACUGCCAUGGAACUAUCCACUAAACAACAACAGCUGUACCUGGGUUCAGAUUUAGGCAUAUCCCAGAUGCCCCUCCACCGCUGUGAGGUGUAUGGGAAGGCAUGUGCGGAGUGCUGCCUUGCAAGAGAUCCAUAUUGUGCCUGGGAUGGGACAGAAUGCUCUAGAUAUUUCCCCACUGCUAAGAGGAGAACAAGACGUCAAGACAUCAGAAAUGGAGAUCCUCUCUCCCAGUGCUCAGAUUUGCACCACAAUGAUGAUCUGGAGGGAUACAGUAGUGUGGAGGAGAGAAGUGUGUAUGGUGUAGAGAACAGCAGUAUGUUUCUGGAAUGCAGCCCAAAGUCCCAGAGAGCUCUGAUUUAUUGGCAGCUACAGAGAACAAAUGACGAACGUAAACAUGAGAUUAUGGUUGAUGAGAGGGUAAGUCUUACUGGCCAAGGUUUGCUGAUCCGAAGUCUAACCCAGGCUGAUUCGGGAGUGUUUCACUGCCAUGCAGUGGAACACGGCUUUAUACAGCCCCUGCGACGCAUUAACCUGCAGGUGAUCCCCUCUCAGCGCGUGGGAGAACUGCUGCUCCGAGCAGGGGCCAGCGAUAAGGAGCCUACCCCUAAACACAAACUCUGGUACCGGGAUUUCAUGAGUCUGCUGGAGCACCCGGAUCUCAACAGCGUGGACGAGUUCUGCGAGCGGGUGUGGAAGAGGGAGAGGAAGCCGAAAGGGAAGAAAGCUCCCAAAAUCAACACCGGAACAAGUGGGAAAACUGAGAAAACACCUCAAAUAACAGCUCAGAGCUUCCAGAACCUGACACUGAGAAACCAGAACACACCCAAAGUGCCAAACAACCCAAAAGUUCAGAUUCUACCAAAAUCAGCCAGGCUGCAGAGGAGUCAAGUCCCACCAAGUACCGUAAGUACUGAGGGCCAAAGCACCAAACCGGAUAGUAUAAUCACUCAGAACGCACAGAAGGUCCAGACUGCUUCAGACACCCAAAGAUCACAACCAAACCAUGGGAAGAGAGGUAGCCAGACCCCCCAGAGAGGACCUCCCAACACAGCCAAGUGGAAACAGCUCCAGGAGAACAAAAGGGGGCGCAACCGCAGGACCCAUGAACAGCAAAGACCACCACGUAGUGUGUGAGAGAGACACUUUGACUGUUUUCACACAUGCAUAAAUAUUACAUACGCACACAGUCAGCAACAUCAGUCAUUCAUAUACACACAUACAAAAUGAGCACAAAAACAAGCGCAAAAUAAAAAAAAUGCAAAGCCUGAACCCUGACAUCUUAACAAGGGACUUAAUAAAAUGUAACAGCAAAGACAUUUUAUUCUAGCCAAACAGACAGAUCCAACUUCAUAUACAUGAUGUUCUUGCAUCAGAGGACAUGAGUGUUUGCCAGUCUACAAGAAUCUUUCAAGCCUGCUUUAAUGGCAGGACAUUUGUGAGCCUAUUGUUUGCCAAAAACCUCUGCGAUAAGAUGGGAUAGUGCCAAUGGAAAAAUUUGCUUUUUGGUAUUAAAGGAGAUGUUCUUUGUUCCUGUAUCCAUCUGUACCAUUUGCUGUUAUGACAAUGGUUGUGAAUGAGAUGAAGUGGACUACUGCUUGCUUGGGAGCGAAUGGAGCUCUAGGGAAACUGGAGGCCAGUUUCUCUAAUAUGUAAAGACUGUAAAAAUAUUGUUAUUGGAGCAAGCAUUGUACUGUGUAUAGAACAACCCUAAGUAAUUAUGGAUACAACUGGUCAAAGGUGAUAAUAAGGCAUGCCUUAGUAACAGCUCGUCUAGCCUCUGAUUCUCAGAAGCAUUUUGACUUAAAUGUUAGUGUAAUUAAUUAUGUUUGAGAUAAACAAUUGGGCCUGACUAAGAAGUCAAUAGCUGUGGUGACCAUUUCUGCCAAAAGUUAGUUUUCAAAUAAAAUGUGCAUGAGAUGAAUGAAUAAGCUCUUCCAAGCCAGCUACCAUCUUCAGAUUACAGAAGUCUAGAUGAUAGUUCUUAAUGUUGGUUGCAUUAAAAAUUAAAGGCCGCCUUCGUGCAAAUCACAGUAUCUUUUUAAAAAUGUGUUAAAGAUAUUUCCAUAAUGUCCGUAGCGUAUUUCUAAAUUAUUAUUACUCAUAUUUCAUAAGGUUGCGUCAUAUUAAUUUGCUAAAUCAGUCUAUGUUAGGCUGAGAUUUGAGUGACUCUUGUAUAUGUACAUAUAUACAGCGAAACACCACUUGAUUAUUUAUUGAUGGUAAUUGUUAAUGUUCAAAAGUUUGCAUUUAUUUUUGAUAUAAUUUUUUUCUAUUCAGUUGUAAACAUAUGUGCCCGACAGGCCACAAUAACAAUAGAUGGACCAAUUAUUUGUUAUUCACUUUUUAUUGUUAUUUCUAAGUGUCUUGUUUCUCACUUCAACAGUUUUAAUUUAAUUUUACUCUAAUUCUUCUCAAACUUUUGUUCUUCCUUUCAUUAGAUUCUUGAUCUCUGUUUUACAUUUUCUUAAGCCAGGUCUCUCUCAUAGCUAUUUAAUUCAUUGUGCAAAUCUAACAAGAGAAAAUAAUUCAUCUCUAAUGAUUCGCUGUGAAUCUCCCUAAGAAAUGUCUGGGUCUGACUAGAUACACCAGAGAACACAACUGCAUGUGAAUUCUGCCUUUGUGCUUAUUUUUGUUUUGUCAGAGUUGUGUGAGAGGUCAUUUCUGUGCCAUGCAAGAUGUAUGUAUGUUUUUUUAUUUUUUUGUGUGCCAUUUGCAAAGAUACACCAUCUAAUCCAUACCCUGUCCCUUUUAUGUAUUAUAUAGGUCUAUAGUCUUUUUACAAAUGCAAUUUGUCCCCAACACUCUUUGGCAAAAUUGUCAUUUCAAU